AAUAUAGUAAAAUGGGUUUGUGAUUUUCCCUGUUUUGUAUUUUCUGUUUAUUGUGUACAAUUAAUACAUAUUUAAUAUUGAUAAUUAUCAUAAAAUUAUUAAAAUAUUAUUCACAUAGACUCAUAUUCUAAUUUUAUUUUAAUAAUAAAGGUGAAGAACUGAUGCUAAUAACGAAUGUUUAUGAAUUUUGUAUUAUGAUAAAUUGAAUUGCUAAUAUCGCCUCUAAUUUCCCAAAAAAGAAAAACUUAAUAAUUCUAUAUUUACUGUCUACUUGAGAUCAGUGAAAAAUAAUGAUGUUUAAAAACUGUUCGUGAAUAAAUUAUAAGUGGAAAUAUAAAAAGAAAUAUAGAAGAAAGUUAUAACACGAGAAUGUAUUCAGUAAAAGUUGAAAUGUAUAAAAAAGAUAUUUGUCGUGGAUGUCUGAGUACGAACAGACAGACGGCACUAAUAAAAAGGCAUGUGGACUUGUUUUUUAGCUUAUUAGGUGACCAGCAACAAUAUUGCGAUGCAAAAGUGUAUCUAUGUUGGGAAUGCAGGGCUCUGCUGAAACGGACUCGCAAAUUUCAAGACAGUAUCCAGCAUGCACAGUUUAUACUGCAGCAGUCACUUUUUGCACUGGAGAACAUGCCUCUAACAGGUCUAUCGAAUUUGUCAACAAUUCAAAAAGAUUUCUACGAUGCUGUAAUAGAGGAUGAACAACCAAAAACAAUACAGGAAAGUUUACAAGAUGAUGUCAUAGACAAUUUAAUAAAACAAGAGGUGGACGACAUAGACGACGCAUAUGAUGAUUUCAAAACUGAAGAUCCACCGGGAGUCAUAGACAAUAUCGGUGUACCCGAGAUAAAAAGUGAGAACAUAAAGAAACACUCUAUAAAAAGGUACGAGAGCAAAGCGCAUGUGAUCAAAAGUGAUAUAGAUUUAAGCGAUUCAAAAAAGUACUGGGUGAGAGUGUACUUGAGCGAGAAAGAGAUAGAGGAGUUGUUAGAAAGGGACAAUGUUAAUAGCAGUUACAAAAAGAGGCCGUACAAGUGUGAGGAGUGUAACAAGGCUUACAAGAGGGAGGUAGAUUAUAAAAGGCACGUCACUUUUUCUCACCGUGAUCAAUCUGGCCCCCUCAAGUGUACAAUGUGUAAAAUAAGGUUCACCUCAUGGCAAGCGCUGGAGCAUCAUUGGCGACGGCACAACAUCCACUACCGCUGUCUGCUGUGCGGCUGGUUGUCCCGCCGGCCCACAGCGCUCACAGCUCACAAUAGGCGGGUGCACUCACUGGUGUACGUGUGCAACACAUGCGACGCGAGGUGUCGGACGCUGCGCGAGUUCAGCAACCACUACAAGGAAGCACACGAACGCAUCAUAUGCGACCACUGCGGGAAGAGCUUCGUUAAAAAACGGACCCUGGAAAAGCAUAUAAAACGCAACCAUCUGCCGGCCACGUGUCACACAUGCGGCCGGACGUACGCCCACUACCACGUGCUCGAGAACCACUACAGGAUGCACCAUCCCGAGCUGAUCCGAGGCGACACCCGUACCGAGCUCGCGUACUGCGUGGAGUGCGACAAACAGUUUCCCACAGUUUACAAGUACAGGAGACACCUCGCUACUGCCGCCAAGCACACACCGCCUAAACCGGUCAGGAUCCCAUGUCCGGAGUGCGGCAAAGUUUUCGCGCGCAAAAUUCGCAUGACCAACCAUUAUAAGGCGGUGCAUAUGAAUGACACGAAGCACAGAUGCGACAUUUGCAAUAAAACAUUCUGUUCAGCGUAUUCGGCGCGAACACACCGCCAGUACGUACACGAGAAGAUACCCAUGCCCAAGAAUAAGAUGUGCGACAUAUGUGGCAGGGGCUUCAGCACAAAUCGCAUCCUUACAAACCACCGGCGCACGCACACAGGGGAACGGCCGUACAAGUGCGCACACUGUCCCGCUACGUUCGCGCAACGGACGGCAAUGAAGACCCACGAGAAGACGCAACACAAAAAUCUAGUCUAUACUGUACCACAGUGAUUUUAGUUCUAUAAGUUUAUUGAAAAAAAAAAAACUUGUCUAUGCCUGACAGAUAACACCGUUUUGAGUGUUGGCGGGAAACAAAGUUUUUAAAGUAGGUGUUUUUAUAUUAUUGCAAGUAUUAAAAAAAAAGUUAUGAAGAUUUUUUUUUAAUUGUGCACUUAAGAAUAAAGACCAAAAUUGAUUUAUUUUUCAUGAAUUCAUUAAUUACUAUUUUUUUAUUUAUUUUUAAAUGUUGCAACAUUUUAAUAGUCCAUUGUAUGUUACAAUAUUAACAUUAAUUUACAGAAAUUUAUGAAAGGAAAGAAAUAAACAUUAAAACUUC